AUGCCGCCCAAGACGGCUACGGGCAGAGCUCGCGGAACAGGCACAAGAGGAAGAGGUGGAAGAGGAGGACGAGGAGGAGCAGCCGCCGCAACAGCAGCAGAGUCCAUGCCAACAGACCAACCCAUGCCCGAUGCAGCACCAGCAGAGCCGUCCACAGCAGCACCUGUUGCUCAAAUGACAGCAGCACCAGUCGCAAACAUGGCUCCCGAGACCACUGCAUCUGCUUCGACUGCAGAAGCAGCACCCGCACCCGCACCAGUCAAACGCGUAGCUUCAGUCCGUCGCGGCGGCGCAUCAGCAUCACCAGCACCCUCAGCCUCGCGCGGCAAGAAACCAAUCGUGCCGGCCCCCAAAGCAGUGAGAAGAAGCAAAGAAGACAGAGAAGCCCUGCAAAAAGAAGCAAACGCAAAGAAAGCCGAAGAAGCAAGAGCAGCACUCAGAGAUGCAAAGAGAGCAGGAAGAGGCAGGGGCGACAGAGGAAGAGGAAGAGGUGGUGGUAAAGCAAGAGGUGGAUUCAUGGGUGAUAGCGAGAGAACCAUCAGAGAUGUCGUUGCCAGUGGUCCUUUCUCGGCUGGUCAAGUAUCUGCCGAUGCCGGAUUCCGCGGACAAAGGAGAGCUGUGGGCGGUGGCUUCGGCGGUGGAGGUGGUGGUGGUUAUUCUGGCGGAUCUGGGGUUGGUGGAAGCAGUGGAAGUGGAGGCCCUCGCAUCAAGAGCGAAGGAGGAGGCCCAUCAUACGGCAACAUCAACAUCGACGACGGUGGCUAUAUUUCCUCAGAUCUGGAUGAAGCAGACGAAGGACCACGCAAGGAUAUCGACUUUAUCAACCUCCUCAGUGACGAUGAGCAAGACACGACAGCUACCAAUGCCAACAUGGCUCCCAUCCGCGUCAACCGCGUCGAACACCGCGAGCGAGAAAAGCCAGUUGCUGCAGAUGCCUCAAAGUCAAAAGCAGCGAUUGCCGAAUCCUCAGGCGCUGCAGCGGGAGGAGCACCAGGAGAAGCAACAGCAACCCCAAAAGAACGUACAGCAUCUCCAGAACUGUCUCGCAAACAACCACGCGCAAAGGAAGUCCAAGUAGUCCGCACCGAGAGAAAAUGGAAGGGAGCCUGGGAAGACAGCUCCGACGACGAUCUAGCAAUCAAGCCCGAGCCCACAGACGAAGCAUCCUCCAUCACAGCAGCACCCCUAGACGAAACCACAAACCUCGCCCUCAAAGAAUCCGCCUCUCCCGAAAGCCGGCGCAAAUCAAAGGGCAAAGCCUCAACAGCAAGAAAACACUCCGUCCCCACCGAAGCACCAGCACUGCAAACCGUAGAAGAACGUCGCGAAUGGGAACGCCACCACCUAGACCUCGAAAUCCUGCGUCAAGAACUCGGAGAAAUCACCUUGCCGUCAUCUGUAGCACCUCCAAAACCUGCUGCAAAAGACGCAGAAGGAGACACUAACAUGGCAGAAAACAGCGAACAAGCAGAUCUAGCAGAAGGUCCUGAUGCUGCAACUUCCCUACCAUCAGAACAAGCGUCAACAACACAACCACCGCCAGACCGCCGCACCGAUCGUGUGUACCUCUUCCAAUUCCCUCCUAUUUUGCCUUCUUUGGUUCCCGCGACUGUGAAACCAGAACCCGUGUCUCCAACGCUGUCUAAGAAAACUCCUGCAGUAUUAACAGCAGCAACAGCUAUCGAUGUGGAUGCUUCCUCGGCUUCAAAACCAAAGUCGACAAAACAAGAAGUCCCAGAGUCGGCUGGGCAGAUGCAUUCACCCUUCCCUGCUGGCUUAGUCGGAAAACUGCGUGUUCAUGCAAGCGGCAGAACGACUCUGGAUUGGGGCGGUACUUCGCUGCAGAGUGAUGUGGAAGGUGCAAAGGGCAAGGAAGAGGAACAAGACGAGGGUGCAUUCGGUGGUGAAGUCAUGGGACUAGGUCAGGUCAGGGGUAAGUUUGUCGUUACUCCUGAUUGGGAAGAAAUCGUUGGUGUGAGGAUCUAG